UAGUUAUUGAGCCUCAGACUCUCGGUACUCUUUUGUACGGUGCUCUCACACCCAAAUUCCUCCAAUGAUCCACAGGGCUAAACAUGGAGCUCUCUUUCUUUCUUCGAGCCUCUUCAAAAUCCUCAAUUCAUCUUCAUUUUCUUUAUAUCCAAAGCCUUAUUUCACCACCCCGAAACCCACUCCAAGAAGACCCACUUCACUCGCUGCACCAUUACCCUCACAAAUUUCAGACACUGUAAGUUAUUCUGAUGUCAACUUUAUCUGUUCUUUACUUUCUACCCAAACUCAUGAAUCCGCAAUAAAUCUUGAUAAUUUGUUAGAGGGUUUCAAAGGAAAGUUGAACUCUAAUCUUGUGCUUCAAAUUCUGAUGAACUAUAAGCAGUUGGGUAGGAUUAAGACCUUGGAAUUCUUUUCUUGGGCUGGAUUGCAAAUGGGGUUUCAGUUUGAUGACUGCGUGGUUGAGUACAUAGCUGAUUUCUUGGGUAGGAGGAAGCUUUUUGAUGAUAUGAAGUGUCUUUUGGUGACGGUUUUCUCGUAUAAGGGGCGAGUUUCUUGCAGGACAUUUUCAAUUUGUAUAAGGUUCUUGGGUAGGCAAGGGAGGGUUAGAGAAGCCCUUUGCUUGUUUGAGGAAAUGGAAUCAAAAUUUAGGUGUAAACCUGAUAAUCUUGUUUACAAUAAUAUGCUUUAUGUGCUUUGCAAGAAGGAAAGGUCUGAGGAAUUGAUUGAUUUUGCGCUUAUGAUUUUUAGGAAAAUCAAAGCGCCUGAUACAUAUUCCUAUAGUAAUAUUCUUGUUGGUUUAUGUAAAUUUGGUAGGUUUGAGACUGCAUUUGAAGUUUUUGGUGAAAUGCUUAGGGCUGGCCUGGUUCCUACGCGGUCUGCUGUGAACACUCUUGUUGGGCAGUUGUGUUUAUUGAGUGCAAAAGAGGGAGCUGUCGAGAAAGUUAGAGUGAAAGAUGCCUAUAGACCCUUUACCAUUUUAGUUCCAAAUGUGGGUGCUAACAGUGGUGCUAUACAGCCCGCAGUUGUAGUAUUUUUGGCAGUUCAUGAGAUGGGUUUGUUACCAAGUGCAUUUGUUAUAAACCAACUUAUUUCAGAACUCUGUAGAUUGGGUAAAACGCAAGAAGCUGUUAAUGUGUUGAAGGUUGUUGAGGAUAGGAAGCUGAGUUGUGUGGAAGAGGGUUUUUCUGCUGUCAUACAGGCUUUAUGCGAACACCGAAUGGUAGAGGAAGCUAGUUAUUUGUUUGGGAGAAUGCUCUCCCGUGGCAUGAAGCCAAAGUUGGUAGUUUACAAUUCGGUUAUUUCAAUGCUAUGCAAAUUAGGGAGUUUAGAUGAUGCUAAACGGGUUUUUGAGAUUAUGAAUAAGAAGAGAUGCCUUCCAGAUAAUUUGACCUAUUCUGCAUUGAUUCAUGCUUAUGGUGACACUAUGAAUUGGGAAACUGCUUAUGGCUUGUUGAUUGAAAUGUUAGGAUUGGGCUUGUCUCCACAUUUUCACACAUAUAGUUUAGUGGAAAAACUUUUGAGGGAACACGGGCAGUUGGAUUUGUGUUUCAAAUUGGAGCAGAAGUUGGACUCUCAGAUAUUGCAGAAGCUCUGUAAAGCAGGUGAACUAGAGGCUGCAUGUGAGAAGCUAAAAUCAAUGGUUGAAAAGGGUUUUUAUCCAUCAGGCUAUGUAAGGGAUGCUUUUGAACAUGCACUUCAAAAGUGUGGAAAAUUGAAAAUGGCUCAUGAAUUGCUAGAGAAGAUAGAUGGACGACUGCAAACCUGAUGAAAUAAAAAUAAGAAGCUCUUAAUAAGCCAUCAACAAGAAGUGAUUAUCGGAAGAAUAUUGUACUUGAGCUAUGCUAGAUUGUUCAUUGCUAGGGGCGAGCAAGAAAAUGGAAACCCGAACCUCUCGACGUCACCAAACAUAAACCAACUGACUUUGUUGGUUUUUGACAGUCGAUUCGGCCUUAACUCUUUAAGUUUUGGGGUUUGGUGAUCCAAUGACACUUGAGUUGGCCAGCGUCAAAUCAGAAAAUCCUCGUGUAUGUUUGGAAAAAAAAAAAAAAGGAUCAAAAUGGAAUUUCUCGUGCUUCUAAUCAUUUGAAGUCGUUUUGAUGUAGCCCAGUUCCUGAUGAGAAUGCAAUCAAGGUUAUGGAAUUUUCUAAGGUGACAUGCUUUUCAUGGCAUGGCUCACUCAAUAGUCAAUAUGCAUUAAUGGGAAACUAACAUAGCAAUGCAUGUGACAUGUAAGGCCUCGAUUUCAAUUGGCCCGUGUCAAUCACCCUCAAUGCCAAUUAGGUUGCAUAUUCCAAUAUGGUGUGAGGAAAGGCUUACCUAUUGUUGAAGCAGAUUUUCGGACUGUCAGACUGACUACGGGUUCUUGCAAAGCAGAGAAAAUGAUCAUCGAAAAACUGCCGGUCCUCGAGGGAUUGGGGAUGUUUCAAUGCUAAGUCAGUAAAUUUGUUAAGAGGAAAAAUUGAAUAAAAAUAUUUUUAAGGAGAGACUUCUGAAUAUGGUUUAUAGAUGCUUACCACGCGGCGGGUUUAAAGCUGUUUGAUUAUUUUUAUGUAGUGUGGUGCUUGAGUGGGACACAAAGUAAAUUUAUUGUUCCAACACC